AUGAUCAAAUUUAUCAAUAAAUAUAAUUUUUUAAACCUUAUUUUAAAGGGUUAAAGAAUUAACUGGAAUAACAGUUCAAGUUUUCAUAUCGUUUAACUCAUAAACACUAUGUAUUUUAGACUUGGAAGAUUUAAUGAUAUUGACAUUAGGAUUAAUGAUACAACAGUAAGUACGAAUAAUGAUUGA